AACAGUAUGCAAGAUCUUCCUGUACAGAAUUUUUCAUUCAAAGCUUUCAAACUCAGUGGUUUCCAUGAUUUGGGAGAAUGGAGGCCUCUUCUGUUUAUUCCCUAUUUUCUUAUGUUUUUAUUGUCUACCACCUCAAACUCUGUUCUCAUUUAUUUAAUUAUAUCUAAGAGAGCUCUGCACUCUCCGAUGUGUGUACUAAUCGGUCUGAUGGCUGUGGUGGACCUGUGCUUGCCAGUAUUUUUUGUACCAAACAUGCUGCUCAGCUUUUUAUUUAACUGGAAUGAAAUUUCACUUGUGGGCUGUUUGAUACAGAUGUUUUGCCUUCUUUAUGUUGGCACAUUUCAGUCUACUCUACUGGUGUGGAUGGCUUUGGAUCGUUUCUUUGCUAUAUGCAGACCUCUUUAUUAUCACAAAUAUAUGCAAAUGCACAACUUUCUAAAGUUUAUUAUUGUGCCAGUGAUCAGGAAUAUAAUCCUAAUUGUUAUGAUUGUCUCUUCAGCCGGAAAACUAUCUUUCUGUGCAACAGAUGAGAUAGAUCACUGUUUUUGUGAGCAUAUGGCUUUGGUCCAGCUGGCAUGUGGAGACAUUUCUAUCAACAACCUAAUAGGGCUUGUAGCUACUUUUCUAAUCCCAACUGCAGAUUUUCUUUUCAUUACUCUGUCUUAUAUAAUAAUACUUGCAUCUGUCCUAAAGUCUAGAAAGUCUCACUUGAAGGCUGUUAACACCUGCAUUACUCAUAUAAUUGUCAUGACAUUUACUUUAACUUUUGCUUUGAUUGCCUUUUUGUCCUACAGGAUAAGGAAUAAUUUCUCACCCAGUGUUCGUGUUUUUCUGAGUACAAUGUACUUACUUUUUCCAAGCUGUUUCAACCCAAUUAUUUAUGGAGUAAGAACAAAAGAAAUUAGAGAACAGUUUCUGAAAUUCAUGAACCAAGUAAAUGUUUUACUACAGUUCUAUAAUAAUGCAGUUUGA